CAUAAGAAGAAAAGCUUUUAUCAAUGCUAACCAUUGCUUUGCUCAUUUAUAUAAUACUCUUAGUUUCAUUUCAGCAGAUUUCCUUUGCAAGCAAUACCAUUAGCAUUAGCACCACCCACUCCCUCAAAGAUGGCGAUACCAUUGUUUCUUCUGGUGGAAUCUUUGAGAUGGGAUUUUUUAGCCCGACCGGUUCGCAGAAUCGCUAUGUUGGCAUAUGGUACAAGCAAAUGCAGCCUAUUCCCACUGUAGUUUGGGUGGCCAACAGAGAUACACCCCUCACUAAUACAUCAUCAGGAGUCUUGAAGAUCAUCAAUCCAGGCCGGCUAGCUCUUGUUGAUGGCAGCAACACUUCCAACAUUAUCUGGUGUACUAACACUUCCAGAUCAGUUGAGAAUCCAGUCGCAAAAUUAUUGGAUUCUGGGAAUCUGGUGGUGAUAGAUGCAAAUGAUGAUAACCCAGAGAGUUUCAUGUGGCAAAGUUUUGAUCAUCCUACAGAUACUCAUUUGCCAGGCAUGAAACUCGGACAGAAUUUCGCUACUGGCCUUCGCAUUACAAUCUCAGCAUGGAAGAUGGAGAAUGAUCCAGCUACAGGGGAAUAUAAGGGUUCCCUAGAUAAUACAGGAUACCCACAAAUUAUCUUAAGGAAAGGUAGUAAGAAAACAUAUCGAUCAGGACCGUGGAAUGGUUUGCAGUGGAUUGGACUGGAAAAAUGGGGCCUGUAUGCUGAAAUUUCUGUAGUCAUUAAUUCCAGUGAGGUUACCACUGGUUGUAUGGGUCUUAAUAGCUCAAAAUUAAUCAGGUUGGUCCUGACAAGCUCUGGGAUUGUACAGUUGCAUAUAGGGGCUGAUGAAACAGGUAAAUGGAACAGCUUCCCUGCUGCACCAGUAGAUGGUUGUGACAAAUAUGGAUUAUGUGGGGCAUAUGGGAGUUGUGACAAUAAUAAAAAUCCUAUUUGUGGGUGCGUUGAUAAAUUUUCACCUAGAUAUCCAGUAGCAUGGGAAAGUUCAGAUUUUUCAGGAGGGUGUGUUCGGAGGACACCUCUGAAGAAUUGUCAAAAUGGAUCCUCAUCCUCCUCAGAUGGAUUCAAGAAAUACCCUGGUAUUAAGUUGCCAGAUACAGAGUUUUCAACCGUCAAUACCAGUAUGAAUCUUCAAGAGUGCAGGCAAGUUUGCUUGAAGAAUUGCUCUUGUAUGGCUUAUUCAAGUCUUGAUAUAAGCAAUGGAGAAAAUGGUUGCUUGCUUUGGUUCGGAGAUUUGAUCGACAUCACUGUGCUACCUCAGAAAGGGCAGGAUCUUUACAUAAGGAUGGCUCCCUCAGAUUCAGAUUAUCCUUCAAGCUCAAAGGGCAAUAAAACAAAAACAAAAAAAUUGACUACAUCAGUAUUGGUUGGAAUUCUGGUGUUGAGCUUGACCCUGACUCUGAGCAUCAUAUUGUACAGAAGGAGAAGGAAGGAGAUCCACUUAAAGCUAGAAUGGGAACAAGAACAAACAUUAUUUGAAAUAUCUACAAUAAUAAGAGCUACUCAUAACUUUUCACUCAACAACAAGAUUGGAGAAGGAGGUUAUGGACCUGUUUAUAAGGGUGUUCUGGAUGAUGGAAAAGAAAUAGCUGUGAAACGACUUUCAAAAACAUCUAAGCAAGGGCUUGGAGAAUUUAAAAAUGAAGUCAAUUCCAUUGCAAGACUUCAACAUAGGAAUCUAGUGAAGCUUCUAGGAUGGUGCAUUCAAGGAGAUGACAAGAUGUUGAUCUAUGAAUAUAUGCCAAACAAAAGUCUUGACUCAUACAUAUUUGAUAAUAGAAGAAGUGCAUUACUUGAUUGGCCAAAACGCUUCAACAUUAUCAAUGGCAUUGCAAGAGGGCUUAUGUAUUUGCACCAAGAUUCUCGAUUAAAAAUUAUUCAUAGAGAUCUCAAAACUAGCAACAUUUUGUUAGAUAUUGAUAUGAAUCCAAAAAUAUCAGACUUUGGCUUGGCGAGGAGCAUUGAAUUAAACGAGAUAGGAGCAAAUACAAACCGAGUUGCUGGAACACUUGGUUAUAUGUCUCCCGAGUAUGCAGGACACGGAAUUUUCUCUAUUAAAUCAGAUGUGUUUAGCUUUGGUGUCUUGGUACUAGAAAUUGUGAGUGGGAAAAGAAAUAGGGGAUUUUCUCAUCAUCAAGAUCACUAUGAGAACCUUCUUGGCCAUGCAUGGAAGUUUUAUAGAGAUGGUAGAUCAAUUGAACUUGUAGAAGAUCAUCUGGCUGAACCACAAGAUUUGCCUCAACUUCUAAGAUCAAUCCAAGUUGGCUUGCUAUGCGUUCAACACUGCCCUGAAGAUAGGCCAAACAUGUCUUCCAUUGUUCAUAUGUUGACUAAUGAUGUUCAAUUACCCAUUCCUAAAGAGCCAGGUUUCUUCACAGAGAAAAGGGUAAUUGAGUCCAAUUCUUCAGACAAAGAAAAAUCAUGCUCUAUAAAUGAAGUCACCAUCUCAGUGCUCUAUCCUCGUUAAAAACGAUGGUUUUAUAAUUGUAUUGUUACUUUAAAUUGCCUUGGGUUUGACGGUUUGUAUUUCUUUUUCCAAGUUUUAUAGGAUUAAAUGGUGUGAUAUAUAGGAAACCUCUCAUUAAUUCAACAUAACUGUCUCAGAAACCCCACUAAUGUGUUAA